UUGAAGUUGUAGCAAAAUAAUAGGUGUCUUAUUCAGAUAAUUUUUAAUCAAUUAUUGUAGUGAAUUUAUAGCGUUUCAAAAAAAUUUAUUCAAUUUCUUCUUCUUUUGUUCUGAAAAUUGAUUACCAUUAGUGAAAAAAUACUCUUUUAGCUUACUACAUUUGCCAAUUCAACAUUUUACAAUGAUGCUUACAUUGUAGGUUAUCUUUUUCCAUAGUAAAAACGAUGGCGGAAAAAGCAAUGAUGAAGCAAAUUGCGGAGCAAAAGCUAAAAGCUUUCUCCAUUGGAACAAUGGGGAAACGUCCGUUAAGCAAAAAAGAAUUGGAAGAGCAACGAAAGAAAGAACAAGAACAAGCUGCAGCUCAGGCUUUUGAAGAAUUUGUUGCAACAUUUCAAGAAGCUCCCAAUAAAACUACAAGUAAAGUGUGGGUGAAAGCCGGUACAUAUGAUGCUGGUAAAAGACAAGAAGACACAAGAGAAAAGGGUAAACUUUAUAAACCUCAGUCAAAAAUAUCAGAAUUAGUGGAUAGUCGAACUUCUGCGGAACAAGCUCAGGAAUAUGCCAAAUUACUCGGCGCUAAUGAGAGGAAAAUGGACAGAUUAGGAAAGAAAAAAAAAGAGGGUGAAAAGAAGAAAAGUAAUUUAGAAUUAUUCAAAGAAGAAUUGAAAAUGAUUCAGGAAGAAAGAGAAGAGAGGCAUAAGUAUAAAGGAGUAGUAAAAAAUGUAAUUUCUACUCAAUCGGAAGAUCCAAUGAUAGCUGCUUUAAAGUCAGUCGAAGAUGGAUCUUUUGACAAUGGAGAUCCAAAUACUACAAAUUUGUAUUUGGGUAACUUGAAUCCAAAAAUUACUGAACAACAAUUAAUGGAAAUUUUUGGAAAGUUUGGUCCUCUUGCCAGUAUAAAAAUAAUGUGGCCUCGUAGUGAUGAAGAGAAAGCUCGGCAAAGAAACUGCGGAUUUGUUGCAUUCAUGAGUCGAAAAGAUGGUGAAAGAGCCCUUAAAAAUUUGAAUGGUCGAGAUAUAAUGCAGUAUGAAAUGAAGUUGGGUUGGGGAAAAAGUGUGCCAAUACCGCCGUAUCCAAUUUACAUUCCUCCAGCUCUGAUGGAAAUAACACAGCCACCACCUCCUUCAGGUCUACCUUUCAACGCACAACCACAUCGUCGUGAUAGACACAAGAUACCACGUAUCCGCAACCUCCAGAGCGCGGACCCCCAGGAAAAGGAAAACUUUGAAAAGAUUUUGCAGAAUGCAGUUGUCAAAGUGGUCAUUCCAACAGAAAGGAACUUAGUCAUGUUGAUACAUAGAAUGGUGGAAUUUGUAAUCCGAGAAGGUCCUAUGUUCGAAGCCAUGAUCAUGAACCGAGAAAUAAACAAUCCAAUGUUUAGAUUUCUUUUCGAAAAUUACUCUCCGGCACACACAUACUAUCGAUGGAAGUUAUUUUCAGUUUUACAAGGAGAUGGACAAAAAGAAUGGCGUACGAAUGAUUUUAGAAUGUUUAAAGGAGGAAGUGUUUGGAGACCACCUCCAAUUAACCCUUGGACUCAAGGCAUGCCGGAUGAAUUAGUUGAAAUGGAAGAAAGGCAGGAACCAAGAAGAGGCAGUUUAUCUAAUAGCCAACGAGAUAGAUUAGAAGAUUUACUUAGGAAUAUUUCUCCAGAACGUUUAAAAGUUGCUGAAGUAAUGGUAUUUUGUAUUGAGCAUGCUGAAGCAGCCGAAGAAAUAUGUGAUUGCAUUUCUGAAUCUUUGUCAAUUUUACAAACACCAGCAAACAAAAAAAUAGCUAGACUUUAUCUUAUAUCUGAUAUUUUACAUAAUUGUGGAGUAAAAGUAACCAAUGCAACUAUUUAUAGAAAAGCGUUUGAAGCACGUUUAUUAGAUAUAUUUACCGAAGUUCAUCAAGCUUAUAAACACUUUGAUAGUCGAUUAAAAGCUGAAGGGUUUAAAAUGCGUGUAAUGCGUAUGUUUAGAGCAUGGGAAGACUGGGCUGUUUAUCCCAGAGAAUUUUUACUUAAGCUACAAAAUGCAUUCUUGGGACUAGUAUCUAUUGCGGAACCAGAAUUAGAGAAUGACGAUGACAUUGAUGGUGCUCCGUUGUCAGAUGUUGAUGGAGAUGCUGGAGAAGAUUUAGAUGGUGUUCCUCUUGACGGUGCUGCUUUAUUGAAAGGAGCAAUGAAACUUGGACUUACACCUCAACCUAGUAAUUAUGACGAUAUUGAUGGUGUACCCAUGGAUGACGAUAUCGAUGGUAUUCCAAUGGAUGAUACUCGAGUACAAACAAAAAAUAAAGGUAAUGAGAAAAAACAGUCAAUACCAGCAGGUUUUGUGCCUUCGAGAUGGGAAACUGUAGAUCCUGAUCAAGUAGAAGCUCAAGCAAUGACCACAAGUAAAUGGGAAGAAUUGGAACAAAAUGACGAUUCAAAUUCUCAAGAUGCUAGUAUGGAUUCUAGUAGUCGUGAUUAUAAUGAGGAGAGACGUACAAGACUUCGUGAAAUUGAACUGAAAAUAAUGCAAUAUCAAGAUGAAUUAGAGAGUGGUAGAAGGAGUCUUAAGUCAGGAAUGACAAUUCAAACACAAGUUGAGCAUUAUCGGAAAAAACUUAUAAGAAAGAGUGAAAGAGAAAUGAAAGACUCAAAAAAUGAUGAAAGAGACGAUGAAAGACGAAAAGAAAGGAGACGGAGUACAUCACCGGAUUCUCCGCUCCAUUACCGUGAUAGAAGGAGAGGUUCUCCUUCGCCAUCCAAGAGCAGCAGCCGUUAUAGGUCUCGUAGCAGAUCACCUAGAUGUAAACGGCGUUCACGUUCGCCUUAUAAAAAACGUGCUCCAAUGACACCAUCACCUCCACGAAUACGUACAACACCAUCACCAGUCUUUUCAUCAUCCCGAUCACGGAGAUCACCCGGUAGUGAUCGUAAAAAACGAGCGCGUUCUCCAUCAAUGUCACCUCCACCCCCUCCUCGUAGUUCUAUCAAACAUAGACUUAGCAGUCCACCGUCACCCUCAUCAAGGAAACAUAGACAUAAGCAUAAAUAUUGA